UACAAAGAGCAGGCCCCUAAAUAGGAGCGACGCCGCUUCGCCCCGUACGGUCGCCCCAGCGUGCUUGAAUUUGCCCUAAGGCAACAUCAAAGCGCUGGCCACGUUCCUGGGCCGAUCCGCGACGGCGCCGGAGAGAGCGCGAAGUAGCCAGCUGAUUGCUUUUUGUAGCUUCCCGCCGCGACGCCGAUGCAGACGCCCCAGGAACCUGCGACGGCGACAGCGCCAGUGCUCCCGGCCCCGCUCGCAGCGCAGCCGGCCUCAGUGACUCCGUAUGCGGCCGCCGCGGCCGCCGCGUCUCGUUCGACGCCACCCGCGGCACUGGACACGGCAUACACUGAGGCGCCGGCGCCGCAGAGCCGCGCGGCGCCCGCCGACGAGGAGGCCGCGGCGCCGAUCAGCACAUCGGCGACGCAGCAAUCGUCACUGCCGGUCGCGUGGCAGCAGGCGGGCUUGACCGAGCGACCGCGCGACCCGCCCGCGCCUGCGCCGGCCGUGACGCCGCCGACCACGGACCAAGCGCCGAUGAGCCCGCACCCCGCCGAGCAGCCGCCGAGCAGCGCUUUGCCGGAACAAAAAAAGCGCCCCGCGUCCGAGUUGCGCGACCCGUCCCUCGAGGGGCUGCUCGAGGCGCACGCCUGCCCGGCGAAGCGCCACGACUCGAAGAAGACGAACUUAUGUGCUCAGCUUGGCAUCGAGGCCUCGCAGCAAAGCUUAGGUAGAGUCGGAGGCAAACUCGCGGGCCAUAUCGGCGAGAACAGGUACGUUGCUGGCUUGGCCGAAGACGGACGGAGCAAGUGCCAGUCUAUUUUGUGUCGAGCGUAUUUAGCGCCAGGAGAACCGCGCAUCGGCAAGCGGGCGCCUUCCGUGAGGCACGGCCACUCGCGCAAGACGAAGUGGUACCACAUCGAGUGCAUCUUCGCCUCGUUCAGACGCACCUGCAAGAAAUCAAAGACCAUCACGUCCGUCGCGGACCUCGAAGGCUUCGAGAGCUUAUUGCCGAGUGACCAGCAGAAGGUGCGGGAUUUAAUUGUGCAACAUAAUGAAGAGAGAGGCCAGAGGACGCCCGCGGCGCGGCGAGCCGAAAAAAAGACGCGGCCUCCCAAAAAAGUGGGCCGGGCCGCGACGAAAAAGUCGCUCGACGAACCUAAACUAUUGCCGCCGCCGCGGCGUUCUGGGCGGACGGCGCCCCGAAGUUAUGACGACAAGGCCUGGGAGGAGCGGUCGCCCUCGCCGCCCGAGGAAGGUGCUUCCCUCUUACUAGGAUUGUGCGCGUCGCCGGCGGAGUCGGACUCGGACUCGGAGUGCUCGGUGUCGCGCGCGGAGGCGUCCGUGGCCGACGCCGUGGCGUCGCUCGCGGCGGCGCGCGCGCCGCAGCCGGCCCUGAAGCUACCGCCC